CACGUGAGGGUAAUUUCGUCAUUUCAUAUACGUUUUUUUGGAUUAAUUGACAUUUACCCCUCAUUUACUUUCCCCAACACUCGUCAACUCCCCAACUCCCUCCUUCUUGCUUCUGCUCCAUUGAACCUGCAAAAAACCCUCGUUGCUUAUCCAAACAAGAUAAUCGACACUACACAUAUAAGGGCAUACGUUUAAUACGAAAUGGUGUUCGUAAUGUGGUAUAUCAGACCAAAACACGAAGUUGUUGAUGUAUCAAUUGUAUAUGCUGGUGCACCCACAUGGUUUAGUAUUAAGCUUCAUCACGGUGGGAAAUUUACUAAAUUACCUGAUAUAAAGUACAUUGGAGGUGAAGUGCGUUAUGUUGAUUAUCUGGAAAUUGAUGAGUUUUCUGUGCAUGAACUUGAUGCCAUAAUGCUUGACCUAGGUUACCCAGACCCAUGGAAUUCUGAAUUCGCUGAUGAAUCCCCAGUUAUAUACUACCAUUUUAGGAUACCCAAUGGUGACUUUCAAUUUGGUCUUAGAGCUUUAGGGAAUGAUCAGGAUGUGAUCAACCUUUCUAAAUACAUUGCACAUAACAAGCUGAUUGAGGUGUACACAGAGCAUGGAAAGACAAAUUUAUUGACUUACUUCAUGUCACCAAAUGCAAAGGGUAAAGUUGUCAUUGAGGAAUUACCAGAAAAUGAUGAUCAAGGGGCUGAAGUUGAGGGUCAAGUUCAUGCAGAUUCUCCAAUGAAAAAUGUGAACCAUGGUAAUGGUGAGCCUAUUGGUGAAAUUUCUUGUAGCAAGAGGCUUAAUUUAGAUUAUAUUGAUGAGGUUGUUCACAUUUCAAAGGAAAAGAAUGAUGAUCUGGAUGGUUCAACUAAUGUUCAGGAGGCAGCAACUUGUGUUCAUAUUGAUGAGAUGGAUGGUGUUAGGGAGGCUGUAAAUGUUGUUCAAGAGGCAUUAACUUUUGAUGAAGAAGGCUACAACACCCCCCUGUUAAUAAUGUUGAUGAACAAUUGA